AACACGAGUACAGGAGAGGCUGCGGACGGGGACGCGGCCUGCUCGCACUCCACUGCGCGUCGGACUGUCGCCGUUGUACAGUCAGCAUCAAGAGUAGCGGAUGAAACAACGCGCCAAAACUAUCUGAUAUUCUGGAUAACUUAUCCAAAUAUAGAUACAUUUCUAAAAUUCGCGUUCAAAAGUAAAUCUUUUACAGUGUUUGUUGUUCUAUAUUAAAGACAUCACUUUUUGUUAAGCCGUUACAGAAUGGUAGAUACUUAUGAAACGUUAUUUGAUCCGCUACUUUUGAUGCUGCCUGUACAAACAUUACAAAAAAACAAGCAAGGAUUACCUGAGACGAGCCAAGAUGGCUUGUAAGCUAUCAAAGGAGGCUUCAUUCCAACAAUUAGUGUCAGGGAUCAAUUCAGUGGCACGGACAUUUUUAUGGAUGCAAAUAAAACUUUGCACCAAAAGUAAAAAAAGGAGACGGUUUAGCUUGGAAGAAAAAGUAAAGGAAUCGCUCCGGCUGUGGAAUGAGCUCCCUUCCGAGGUUUUCCCGAGGGGCUACAGUACGGGGUUCUUCAAAAAAGGAGUGUACAGAUUUUUAAAGGGUCGGCAACGCGCAUGUAACACCUCUGGAGUUGCAGGCGUCCAUAGGCUGCGGUGACUGCUUACCAUCAGGCGGGCCGUAUGCUUGUUUGCCACCGUCGUGGUAUAUAAAAAAAAAGUAACUUUCAAUUAUGAAACAAAGCUCAAAACGCUACAGAUUUCUGCAGAGAAUAUUCAUCGUGCCUUGCGAAACAACACUGAAGAAGUUGUUGUUGAAUGUGAAUAUUCAAGCUGGCAUCAAUACACAAGUCUUUAAUGUCAUUAAACAAGAGGUCAGCGAAUGGAAUGACGCCCGAAGAAUGUGCUCCAUAGUAUUUGAUGAGAUGAAGUUGGAGGCUGGCGUCCAUUACUCUAGAAAAAAUGAUCACAUCAACGGGUUUGUGGAAUCACCUGACAAAACCGACCACUCGGCCGACCACGCCGUAGCAUUUAUGAUUAAAGGCGCGGUUCACACGUGGCAACGACCGGCGGCGUGCUGCCUCUCCGAGGAGCCGCGGCGGGCCUUCAGCCUGUCGCUCGGAUGAGGGAACAUUAAGAGCCUUCGAGAGGACACUAGAAGAUCACAAAUCUUAGCAGGACAGGAGACCGGUAAAUAUCUUAUACUCAUCUUAAAAUUCUUAGUAAAGAACACUUAGUAGAGGCUUGUUUCACGUUCAUCACGAAAUUUAAAUUAUGUAUAGGGACCGUACGCGUUGGACGGUCUGCCAUCUUGUGGCCUGAAUCGGAACCAUAAACAUGUACACGUCAGGUGUUUUCAUGUGCACAGUAGGUUCUGCCAUCUUGUGGGCUACAUCGGAACAAUAAACAUCACAUUUACGCCUCGCGCCAAAAAUCUGACGGCUCCUGUGCUGCCUCCUACAGUUCAUGCACGUUCCCUAUAAACUUUUAUAUUUAUAACCACCAAUUAUUUGUUAACCUGUUGCUACCGGUGGGAACCUAUAAUUGGCUCUUUGUUAUGUAUAUAUAUAACUAUUGUGCAAUUUAUAGCUGUUGGUUCUCUGAACAGUAAAUAAAUAAAUAAAUAAAAAACUACUUACAUAAACUAAACAGUUUUGAAAUAUUAUAAAUAGUUCUCUGCGUGUAUACGUAGACCAGCUUGUGUCUCUUUUUGCAAACUUUUAUUUAACUUGGCCUGUUAGGAUGGAUGUAUGUUAUGUGAUUUGACUCAGACUAACUAACGUGCGAGUCAAAUCUUGGAACCUGAAUUUGACCCACUGCCCUAUAUCCGAUUGAGCCGAAAUUUUGCAUACAUAUGUAAAUCGGAUAACAGUCUGAUAUUAUGAAGACAUGGAGCUGAUCUGAUGACGAGGACAGCAUGUGCCCAUGGGAACUUUGUGAUAAAAUAAUAAAUUAAUAUUAUAGGAUAUUAUUACAUGUCCCACAAUAAACUCAAUAAGGCUUGUGUUGUAGGUACCUAGACAACGAUAUAUAUACAAUAUUCAUAAAUACUUAAAUACAUAGAAAACACCCAUGACCCAGGAACGAAUAUCCGUGUUCAUCACACAAAUAAACGCCCUUACCAGGAUUUGAACCCGGGACCAUCGGCUUCAUAGGCAGGGUCACAACCCAAUAGGUCAGACCGGUCGUCAUAAUAAAUAAAUAAUAAUAGGACAUUAUUACACAAAUUGACCAAGUCCCACAGUAAGCUCAAGAAGGCUUGUGUUGAAGGUACUUAGACAACGAUAUAUAUAAUAUAUAAAUAUUUAUACGUACUUGAAUACAUAGAAAACACCCAUGACUCAGGAACAAAUAUCCAUGCUCAUCACACGAAUACAUGCCCUUACCAGGAUUUGAACCCGGGACCAUCGGCUUCAUAGGCAGGGUCACAGCCCAAUAGGUCAGACCGGUCGUCAUAAUAAAUAAAUAAUAAUAGGACAUUAUUACACAAAUUGACCAAGUCCCACAGUAAGCUCAAGAAGGCUUGUGUUGAAGGUACUUAGACAACGAUAUAUAUAAUAUAUAAAUAUUUAUACGUACUUGAAUACAUAGAAAACACCCAUGACUCAGGAACAAAUAUCCAUGCUCAUCACACG